GGCGGCGGCGGGGAGCGGGCAGCGGGUACCGGGCAGCGAGCAGCGCUACGGGGCCGGAUGAGCUGUGCCCCUGGCAGCCCCAUCACCUCUGCCUGACCCCAUCCCUGCCACCAUGCUCAUCAAGGAGUAUCGCAUCUGCAUGCCGCUGACCACCGAGGAGUACCGCGUGGGGCAGCUCUACACCAUCAGCAAGCACAGCCACCAGGAGAGCGAGAAGGGCGAGGUGGAGGUGGUGAAGAAUGAGCCCCACGAGGACCCCAUCCAUGCCGGGCAGUUCACCGAGAAGCGCGUCCACCUCUCCAGCAAACUGCCAAGCUGGGCACGGGCUGUGACCCCCCGGAUCUUCUAUGUCACGGAGAAGGCCUGGAACUACUACCCCUAUACCAUCACUGAGUACACGUGCUCCUUCCUGCCGAAAUUCUCCAUCUACAUUGAGACCAAGUAUGAGGACAACUGCGGGGACAGCGAGAACAUCUUUCACAGCGAUAAAAUCCUGGGUGACCAUGAGGUCUCCUUCCUGGACAUCGCCUUUGACGAGAUCCCUGAGCGUUACUACCGCAGCCUGGAGGACCCCCGUUUCUUCAGCUCGGCCAAGACAGGCCGGGGUCCACUGCGGGAGGGCUGGCGCCAGCACACCCAACCCAUCAUGUGCUCCUACAAACUGGUCAGCGUCAAGUUCGAGGUGUGGGGGCUGCAGACACGGGUGGAGCAGUUCUUGCACAAGGUGAUCCGGGACAUCCUGCUGAUUGGGCACCGGCAGGCUUUUGCCUGGGUGGAUGAGUGGUGUGGGAUGACGAUGGAGGAGGUGCGGCGCUACGAGCGGGAGACGCAGGAGGCCACCAACGAGCUCCUGGGGCUGGUGGCCCCCGCCAUCUCGGUCAGCACGGAGGGGCAGCCCGCAGCCACCACGCACUCGGCUCCUGCCAGUGCCCCUUCCACUCCCCUCAGCGACGAGGCCCCUGAUUUCCUCGCCCCCCCCAAGACUCGACCUCGCAAGAAGUCAGCACCGGAGACGCUGACUCUGCCAUCGCUGCGGGAACGAGUGAGCACCGAGUGACACCAGUGGUGCCACCUCCCCGGCCGGACCAUGCCAGCCCUGCCACGGCCCUUCCGGUGGGUGCAGACCCCGGGGUGGGGGAUGCUCCGUUGGGGCACUGGGAGCCCCAGGGGGCCUGGCCUCCCCGAGCCAUCGCAGGUGGCCAUUGCCACGGCCGCCGUGCUGGAGCCACUGGCUGGCUGCACAGGGAGGGGACACGGGUCCCUGGCACUGUUGGGUGAUGCUGGGGGGGCUGGUUCACUCAGCACUGCCCACCCUGGUUUCUGCAGGGGUUGGUGAGCAGUGGGGUGGCAGGGGUGCCCAUGUGCCAUGGUGGGGCUGGGCACUGGUGAUGGGCUGGGCGAGCAGGGCUGGAGCAUCACCAGCACAGGGGCACAGUGCCUGUGUCAGUGACAGAGGAGGGGGCAGGCUGGGGCUCCCCGCAGGCUUCAGAGCCCCAUGCACUGCAGGUCCCACCAUCAGUGUCCCCUUUGCCAUCCCCCCAGAGGCCAUGGCCACCUGAGGAGGGCUGGGGCAGGCUCAGCCCUCUGUUUUCCUUGGGAAAACAAAGGCCUUUCUGGAAAUAAAAGCUGGAGACGUGG